GGAGCCACAACCAGAAUGGCUGCAGUAGACGACAGUUUCUAGAGGUAAAAGAACAAUUUUAUUUUUAGUCUAGCUGAACUUCAGUUCGCUCAACACGUCAGAUAGGUACAUUGCUUUGCAUUUUAAAUCGUCAUUUUUUUUAUCAUCAUUAUAGUGACGAGUAUCUUCGGAAAUGGGAGUUAGGUUAGAUCAUUUCACAAUUAGAUAUCGUAACACGUACAGUCGCAUGAGAAUCCAAGAAACUGCGAUGACAUAUCGUCAUCGACACGCCAUCAUAUUGAAAUUCAUCAGAUAUCAUAAACAAAGUUUCCCAGCUAAGCAUAAUAAAGUAUAACGCCGUUAUGGUCAUGGUGUAUUUAAUUAAUGAAGAGAAAAUCAAUAAACUAUGCUAUAAAAAAAUAUCGCAAGUUUUUUUGCGCUCAGAAUGUACGUCAUUUAUAACAUAGUAUUCUUGUGAAUGUAACUCAAAUGGAUGAUGCAGAGGUAAUUGCAUUGUUAGUCGUCCCGAUUGCUCACCCUAAUCAUUUUUGAAAGUGGGCAGACAUUUGUAUUUUCCAACAAUCACAGUGAAAGUUAAAUGGAUCAAGGAUAAGGACCCAAAAAAACAAAGAUUGAGGAGUGACAACUUUCGAAUGGGCGCAGAAAGAAUAUAAAACUAGGAGCCAGCAACCAAUUGAGGUAGUAUUUGAGUCUCGGGAUUUGGCGAGGAUUAAACGUGUCGCUCAUUCGUUCCCUUUCUAUACAACGUUCGUUUUGUUUAGUUGUCUGCGUCCACGAUCCACCCAUCAAACGUCUUGUCCAAGCUUAAAUCGCAAAUUGUUUAUGCGUCUGCCUAUAAAAGCUCCGUUUCUUUAUUGGCUUAUUCUGGAAUUUCCACUUUUUCUCGUAUCGCUUUGUCGGUCAUGGACACCCACUCACAAUUUCGGCCAGUUGCCACGCUGCAUCAGCAGGUACUCGAUAAAAGAAAACAACAAACACAAACAAGAUUUCUUUCUAUUUUAGCUUCAUUCGGUCAAAAUCAGUUUUCAGAUAAAAGAAUGAGUACUAAUCAACAAGACUGCAAUGGCAAUUUGGUGCAAACUGAAAAGAAGUCCUUCGUCGACCCAAAGUGUGACCCGACAAAAAAGGCUGAAAUCUCGAUUCAACAGUUAAGGAUCGCCAUCAAGGACUGCAAAUUGCCUAUCUCUCACGAUGAGUAUCUUCGGAAAUGGCUGCUAGUGAAUGGAUUCGAUGUGGCUCGCGCUGAGAAAAUGCUCCGGCAGUCAUUGGAAUGGAGGCGAGUAAAUGAAGUGGAUACCAUAUUUGAGAGAUAUACACCUAGCCAAGUCUUUAUGAAAUAUUUCUCCAUUGGACAAAUUGGGAUCGACAAAUUUGGCUGCCCUGUCUUUGUUCAAUGUUGUGGGAGAACAGACUCAAAAGGAUUUUCAUUGAGUUCCACAAAAAAAGAAUUUUACACUUUUUGCAUUUGGAUGUUGGAAUCCUACGUCAAAGCAACUAAAGUGGAGACGGAGAGAACAGGGAAACUGGUAACUCAAGCAUCAUACAUCUUCGACUACGAAGGGUUCUCAAUGAGGGAAAUUGCCAAUAAAUCAAACUUGGAUAUGGCCCUAAAUGUUACUAGGUUCCUAUUCCUUCACUAUCCUGACAGCUCUCGACGAUUAUUCAUCAUAAACGCUCCUUCCUUUUUCCCGCUAAUCAUGAGGUUGAUCAAACCUUUCUUACACGAAUGUGACGGUCCCAAAAUCAAAGUUUUCGGCUCCGACAAGAAGGAAUGGACUUCCGCUUUGCUGGAAGAAAUUGAAGCCGAUCAACUUCCCGCCUUUUAUGGCGGUACCAUGACCGAUCCUGACGGAGAUCCAAAAUGCCCCAGCAAGUUAAACAUGGGAGGUAAAAUACCUUCUUCGUACUACCUGAGCAAUAACGCACCGGUUGCUAAGGACUACAUGGAAACUAUGAGCAUCGGCGCUGGUGGAAGGAAAAAAUUGAAAUAUGACGUCGACGUCGCUCGUUCUAUCUUAAAAUGGGAAUUUAUGACGGAGGGAGGCGACAUCAAAUUCGGACUCUCCAGUAAACAUGCCAAAAUCACUAACGAUUUGGUUGCGCUCUCACAUGUUGACAGCCACUUGAUAAUGGAGGAAGGUGAAAUCGUUUGUGAACAACCCGGCAAAUAUGUCUUCGAGUUUGACAACACCUUCAGCUACUUGCGGUCGAAAAAACUUCGCUACCAUAUCCUUAUCGAAGCGCCUUCAUCGUCAAACGUCACCGAAUUAUAGAAAAUCACUCAAUUAUACACAGAGUUUAUAUAAAAUUUAUGGCAUAUUUUUAUACAAGUAUAUGUAAAGGAAAGAAGUGAAAAUAAUAAAUAAAUAAAUUAAAUAAAUCAAAUAAAUAA